AUGUCAAGCUCCCCUUAUAAUUCACAUCAAGGCUCUUCCACAAGUCCUAUUAUGGAUCCUAGCAAUGAAUAUGUGAUACUUGUUGGUGGUGAAGAGGAAGAUGAUGAGAUGCAUGAAGAUGUUGACAUUGAAAUACUUGCUGAAAACAAGGAAACAAAUGAGGCUAAACCAUUUCAAAAAAAGAGUAGAACGUUGAAGUCUAAAGUAUGGAGUGACAUGGAUCGAGAACCUCAAACUGAUGGAUCAAUUAAAGUGACAUGUAAACAUUGCAAAGAGGUAUGGAAGAUGAAUGCUAGUGGCACAACAACAACUUACACUAGGCAUUUGAAGAAUUGUCUACAAAAGAAACUAGUAGAUGAGGGGAACAAAAGGAUGCAACAACAAGUUCUUUCCUUCACAACAGAAACACCAUCGGAUGGCAUGACCUCAAUAACAAACUUUAGAUAUGAUCAUGCUAAGGUACGGGAACUUGCAUCCCAUAUGGUUUUGGCACAUGAAUACCCUUUUGCAAUGUUGGAUCAUGAAAUUUUUAAUAAGUUCAUGAAAGCUGUUUCUCCAUAUUAUAUAAAGAUUAGUAGGCAAACUGUGAAGAAAGACUGCAUUUCUACUUAUGAAUUGGAAAAGAAGAAGUUGAUGUCAUUGCUAAAGGAGGUCAGUAAAAUCAGUAUCACAACAGAUUUGUGGAAAUCAAAUCAAAAAAUUCAAUAUAUGGUUGUAACUGGGCACUUUAUUGAUUUCAAUUGGAUGCUACAAAAGCGGGUGUUGAAUUUUUGUAAUGUCCCUCCCCCACAUACUGGAGUUAUUAUAGCUGAUGCUCUUAACAAGUGUUUCAAUGAAUGGGGCAUAGAGAACAAAAUUUGUAGUAUUACCGUGGAUAAUGCUUCGUACAAUGAUGUGUGUGUUAGGAGGCUGAAAGAUGACUUUUUGUUGAGAAAACAAUUAAAUGUUGGGGGAAAAUACUUUCAUGUUCGUUGCUGUGCACAUAUACUUAAUCUUUUGGUGCAAGAUGGUCUUAGUCAAAUUGGAGAAGUGAUUGAUACUGUUAGGGAGGGGAUUAAGUACCUAAAUUAUUCUGAGUCCCGCCUCAUUGAAUUCAGCAAGAUAAAGAAACAGCUUCGUUUAUCUCCAAGAAAGUUGAUUCUAGAUUGUCCAACACGUUGGAAUGGGACAUAUUUGAUGUUAGCUUCAGCUGUAGAAUUUAAAGAUGUGUUUUGGAGAUAUGCAGACAUUGAUCUUGGCUUUCAUUAUGUUCCUAGUGAAUAUGAUUGGAUGAGAGUUGAAGAUGUGUGUCAAUUUUUGGGUAUUUUUCAUGAAAUAACUAAUAUGAUUUCUGGAAGUGAAUAUCCAACUGCCAACAUUUUCCUACCUGAGCUUUAUAGAAUCAAGGAGCUUCUGAAUGAAAAAUCUGUUAAUCCUUCUAGCCAUAUAAGGGCUAUGGCUGCAAGCAUGGCUUCGAAAUUUCAUAAAUAUUGGGGUGAAAGUAAUAUUCUGCUUUCUUUGGGUGCAAUUUUAGAUCCAAGAUAUAAAAUGGUACUCAUUGACUAUGCCUUUCCAAUUAUUUAUGGUAGUGAAGCAGCUCCCAUAUACAUUGCUGAAAUAAAAGAGGUUUUGAAUGACCUUUGUAAUGAGUAUGUUUCUUCAUUCACUCCAUGUUCUACUGAGGAUGUGCAGUUGCCAAAAUGCAGAAAAGCUGAAAUUAGUCAUGCUUGUAGUUCAACUUCUAUGGUGGUAGAAGAAAUUGGAAAAAAUGUGUUAACUGGAAAAGCUAAGUUUGAAAUGCAUGUGAGUAGCCAAGAAGAAAUGCCACCAAAAGAAUCUGAAUUAGAUAUUUAUUUGAGUGAAAAGAGAUACAGUGGUGCUACGAGUGCAAAUUUGGAUGUCUUGAGUUGGUGGAGACAGGAAAGAUGGAGAUUUCGGGUGCUGUCAAAAUUGGCUGCUGACAUAUUAGCUAUUCCAGUUACUACUGUAGCUUCGGAGUCUACUUUUAGCGCUGGUGGGAGAGUCAUUGAUGGUCGUCGUGCUUCCAUGUUUGUUGACACAGUACAAAUGUUACUUUGCGCUAAUAAUUGGGUUCGAAAUUUGCAUGGCCUUUCAAAAAGUCAUUUAAAGGAAUCAUCAAUUGUUGAUGACUUCAAGGCAUAUGAAGAAGUUAUACUUCCAGAUUGA